CCUGAGAUUCCCAUUUAGUUCUUUGGUGUUGAAAUUUUCGUUCUGGGUCUUGUUCACUUCUGUUAUUUGCUUGUAAUUUAUCGAAAUGGCGCUUGAGUCUUCCAUUCUGACUUUGCCUAGGUACAAUUCUUGCUCGAAAUCAUGGAGUUUCAUGUGUUGCAAUAGGCAAACAAAAUUUCCCAUGAAGGUUUUGCUGCAAAAUAAUCGAUACCCAUUUCAAUUGCGGUCGAACUGCAUUGGUAAUAGUGGUUUUAGGAGCUUCUUAGGUCCAAGAUGUGAAGGAGUUGACGUGUUGGUUAAUAGAGCUCGUUUGCAAGCUCUAGCUGAGGAUAAUGAGAGUUCGGGCAGUGCAGAUGUUGUUUCGGGUUCAAAGUUUGAUUUUGUUAAGGAAUUGGUAAAGUGCGGAAUUGUUUUGGCAGCCAUGGUUUGUGGGGUUUUAAUUUAUGGGUGCAGAAGAGCUUUUGCGGUGGAGGGUGUGGUGAAUGCAGGCUAUGGGGUUAUUGGGCAGAGCAUAUUGUUGCUCAGGAAUGCCUGGCCGAAGACAUUGCAGGUUCUUCAGCUCUUCAAAGAGCAGGGUUUGAUUUUGGCUUUGCUUUUGGGACUCUCAGCGUUUUUCUCAAUGGCGGAGACUUCAAUUACCACACUGUGGCCCUGGAAGGUGCGUGAGUUGGCUGAGAAAGAGUCUGAAGAUGGUGUCUUCAAAUUGCUUCGCAACGAUGUUACUCGGUUCUUAACAACCAUACUUAUUGGAACAACAAUUUCCUUAUGUACUCAGUGUUGUCAAUAUUGGAGCAACUGCUUUAGUUACAGAUGCUGCAACAGCAAUAUUUGGUGAAGCUGGUGUUAGCGCAGCAACAGGAGUAAUGACUGUAUGUUUCAUUUUCCUUGCUUGAUCAAUUAAUAAGCAUAGAUAUGGAGGUACAGAGUUUGAUAUAGGGAUAAGUAUUUUGGACAUUCAAAC